AUGGCAGAAUUUAACUCUGAAAAUCCUUUAGUUGGCAAAUGGCGCCUUGAUCGAACUGAAAAUUUCGAUGAUUAUUUGAAGGCCACAGGUAUAAAUAUAAUUAAGCGCCAAUUAGCCAAGAAAACCAGUCACGUUGAACAGACCAUACAAUGUCAGGAAUCUAAUAAGGUCUAUAUCAAAAUUUGGUCUCGAGUUCUGACUAAGACAGAUACAUAUAUUUUGGGAGAAGAAAUUGAUGAAGAGCUUUUAGAAGGAGAGAAAGUCAAGGGAACCAUGACAUACGAAGAUGGCAAGCUGUUGGACAGCAUUAAAGGGUCUAAGAAACCAUGUUUUAAUAGCAGAGUUAUGGAAGGCUCUCAAAUGGUUCAUUUCUUAGCUGAUACCGAACGUUCUAGGCAUUUAGUAAUAUUUAAUAAGCUUUUUAUCUUGCGUAGGAAUUUACAUACGAUGGCGUUUCCUAUUACAGAUUUUGGACACGUUGGUAGCUCUUAA